AUGGCGCGGUUUGGAGAUGAGGUACCGUCCAGGUAUGGCGGAGGACCUGGCCAAGGGGGCCCCGGCCGCGGCGGGAGCAGGCAGGGUGGCCCGCCGGGAGCCCAAAGGAUGUAUAAGCAGUCGAUGGCCCAGCGAGCCAGAACCAUGGCCCUGUACAACCCAAUACCAGUGCGGCAGAACUGCUUCACAGUCAACCGGUCCCUGUUCAUCUUCAGCGAGGAUAACUUCGUGAGAAAAUACGCCAAAAAGAUCACCGAAUGGCCUCCUUUUGAGUACAUGAUCCUGGCCACCAUCAUCGCCAACUGCAUCGUCCUGGCCCUGGAGCAGCACCUGCCCGACGGGGACAAGACGCCCAUGUCAGAGCGACUGGAUGACACAGAGCCCUACUUCAUUGGCAUCUUCUGCUUCGAGUCGGGCAUCAAGAUCCUGGCGCUGGGCUUCGCCUUCCACAAGGGCUCCUACCUGCGCAACGGCUGGAACGUCAUGGACUUUGUGGUGGUGUUGACUGGCAUCUUAUCCACAGUGGGCUCGGACUUUGACCUCCGCACCUUGCGCGCUGUCCGAGUGUUGAGACCCCUCAAACUGGUGUCGGGAAUUCCCAGCCUGCAGGUGGUGCUGAAAUCCAUCAUGAAGGCCAUGAUCCCACUGCUGCAGAUCGGCCUGCUGCUCUUCUUCGCCAUCCUCAUGUUUGCAAUCAUUGGCCUAGAGUUCUACAUGGGCAAGUUCCACACCACCUGCUUCGACAUCGUCACCAUGGAGAUCCGGGAGGAGUUCCCGUGCGGGCAGGAAGCCCCGUCGCGGCUGUGCCCGAACGGGACGGUGUGUAAGGAGUACUGGCUCGGUCCGAAUUACGGCAUCACACAGUUCGACAACAUCCUGUUCGCCGUGCUCACCGUCUUCCAGUGCAUCACCAUGGAGGGCUGGACUGACCUUCUCUACUAUAGCAACGACGCCUCAGGGAGCGCAUGGAACUGGAUGUACUUCAUCCCCCUCAUCAUCAUCGGAUCUUUCUUCAUGCUGAACCUGGUGCUGGGCGUGUUGUCCGGGGAGUUUGCCAAAGAGAGGGAGCGCGUGGAGAACAGGAGCAAGUUCCUCAAGCUCAGACGGCAGCAGCAGAUCGAGAGGGAGCUCAACGGAUACCUGGAGUGGAUCUGCAAAGCAGAAGAAGUUAUCCUUGCGGACGAAGACAAUGACACAGACGAUCGGAUGCCCUUUGACGGAUCAAGGAGGAGACCCACCAUUAAGAAGAGCAAGACUGAUCUGCUGAACCCAGAGGAGGGGGAGGGAGACAUCGCUGUGGGCUCACCCUUCGCCCGGGCCAGCAUCAAGAGCGCCAAGCUGGAGGGCUCCUCCUUCCACAAGAAGGAGCGGCGGCUGCGUUUCUUCAUCCGCCACAUUGUGAAGACGCAGGCCUUCUACUGGACCGUCCUGUGCCUGGUGGGCCUCAACACGCUGUGUGUGGCCGUCGUGCACUACGACCAGCCCGAGUUGCUGUCCGACUUCCUCUAUUUUGCCGAGUUCAUCUUCCUGGGCAUCUUCAUGUUUGAGAUGUUGAUAAAGAUGUACGGACUGGGGACCCGGCCUUACUUUCACUCCUCCUUCAACUGCUUCGACUGCAUUGUCAUUGUGGGCAGUAUAUUCGAGGUGAUCUGGGCAGUUAUCCAGCCAGGAACCUCCUUUGGGAUCAGUGUCUUACGAGCUCUCAGGUUAUUGAGGAUCUUCAAAGUGACCAAGUACUGGGCGUCCCUGCGGAACCUGGUGGUGUCUCUGCUCAACUCCAUGAAGUCCAUCAUCAGCUUGCUCUUCCUCCUCUUCCUUUUCAUCGUGGUCUUUGCUCUGCUGGGAAUGCAGCUCUUUGGGGGCCAAUUUAAUUUUGAAGCAGGCACUCCCCCUACAAACUUUGAUACCUUUCCUGCAGCAAUAAUGACCGUUUUUCAGAUCCUGACCGGAGAGGACUGGAACAUGGUGAUGUACGACGGCAUCAAGUCUCAGGGCGGAGUGAACAAGGGCAUGGUCUUCUCCAUCUUCUUCAUCGUCCUGACACUCUUCGGGAACUACACCCUGCUCAAUGUGUUCUUGGCCAUCGCUGUGGACAAUCUGGCCAAUGCACAGGAGCUGACUAAGGAUGAGCAAGAGGAAGAGGAGGCCGCGAGUCAGAAGAUCGCCCUGCAGAAGGCCAAGGAGGUGGCGGAAGUCAGCCCCCUGUCUGCGGCCAACCUGUCCAUCGCAGCCAAGGAGCAGCAGAAGAACCACAAAGGCUCCAAGUCAGUCUGGGAGCAGCGGACCAGCGAGCUGCGGAAGCAGACCCUGAUGGCCAGCAGGGAGGCGCUCUACAAUGAGCUGGACCCAGAGGACCGCUGGAAGGUCUCCUACUCGCGCCACAUCCGGCCGGACAUGAAGACCCACCUGGACCGUCCGCUGGUGGUGGACCCGCAGGAGAACCGCAACAACAACACCAACAAGACCCGGCCGAGCGACGGCGCGGAGCAGGAGCAGCGGCUGAGCCAGCAGCGGGCCGAGGAGUUCCUGCGCAAGCAGGCGCGGUACCACGAGAGGGGGGGCGGGGGAGGGGGCGGGGGCGGGUCCGGCCGGCCCUACGAGAGGGCGGACUCCGCCGAGGCCCGGCGAGGGCGCAGGGAGCACGACCCCGGCCAGAACCACCAUUCCCACCCCCAUCUGGACCGUCCUGAAGACAGGAACCGGGACCCUCACCGGCGGCACCAGCACCGGCCGCCGGCGGGCCGGUCCAAAGACGGGCGCAGCAUGUCGCCGCGCGGGGAGGGGGGCCCCCCGGAGCACCGGCGGCCCCGGCAGCACCGCAGACCCCCCGAGGACGAGGACGGAGGAGGGGGCGGAGGAGGAGGGGGCGGGGGCCGGGGUGGCAGGCACAGGGGGCCAGGCGGGGAGGGGGGAAACAGGAGCAGGGGACCCGAUGGAGGGGACUGUGACCAUACGGACGGGGUGGACAGACGGCAGAGGCGCCAUCGCCAUGGUGCGCAGUCCACCUACGAGAACGACGGCAGGAGGGACAGGGACAGGGAGAGGGUCCGACAGCACCGGGUCAGGAAAGAGGGUCAGGGGAACGGCCCCAACCUGUCCACCACAAGGCCCAUCCAGCAGAGCCUGCCCCGCCAGGACAGCCAGUACAGUGAGGACAUGGACAACGUGAUGAACAGCAAGCUGGCCACGCAGCCCCCGGCCUCCCGCAACCACACACCCAACCCCCACGCCCACUCCAACCACAGCCCUUCCAACCUGCCCAGCCCCACCAACCACGCCAGCACCCCACCCUUACCCAACAGCACCAUACACAACACCGUCAACACCCCUCAGACCGGUGGAGGGGGCGACCCCGGGAAGACCCCUGAGAACAACCUGAUCCUCACCAACCCAGCCUCCACGCCUGGCAACCCAGCAAAGACCACCACCAAGAAACCCGACCACACAACCGUGGACAUACCUCCCAUGUUCCCCUCGAACAACGCCAUUCUGCAGGUGAAUAAGAACGCCAACACCGAGCCGCUGCCUAAGAAGGAUGAGGAGAAGAAGGAGGAGGAAGACGACGAUGAUAAAGGGGACGAGAACGGACCCAAACCCAUGCCCCCCUACAGCUCCAUGUUCAUCCUGUCCACCACCAACCCGUUUCGCAGGCUGUGCCAUUACAUCGUGACGCUGCGCUACUUCGAGAUGUGCAUCCUGCUCGUCAUCGCCAUGAGCAGCAUCGCCCUGGCAGCGGAAGACCCUGUCCAGCCCGACUCCCCCAGAAACAACGUCCUGCGGUACUUUGACUACGUCUUCACCGGAGUGUUCACGUUUGAGAUGCUGAUCAAGAUGGUGGACCUAGGACUGGUCUUACACCAGGGGUCCUAUUUCCGAGACCUGUGGAACAUCCUGGACUUUAUAGUGGUUAGUGGUGCUCUGGUGGCCUUUGCCUUCACGGGGAGCAGCAAGGGGAAAGACAUCAGCACCAUCAAGUCUCUGCGGGUGCUGAGGGUGUUGCGUCCACUGAAGACCAUCAAGCGUCUGCCGAAGCUCAAGGCUGUGUUUGACUGUGUGGUGAACUCUCUGAAGAACGUCCUCAACAUCCUGAUUGUCUACAUGCUCUUCAUGUUCAUCUUCGCUGUGGUGGCCGUGCAGCUGUUCAAGGGACGCUUCUUCUACUGCACUGACGAGUCCAAGGAGUUUGAGCGUGACUGCAGGGGCGAGUAUCUGGUGUACGAGCGUGACAAUGAGGUGAAGGCGCAGAAGCGGGAGUGGAAGAAGUACGAUUUCCACUACGACAACGUGCUUUGGGCCCUGCUCACCCUCUUCACGGUGUCUACUGGAGAGGGGUGGCCGCAGGUGCUGAAACAUUCAGUGGAUGCGACUUAUGAGGAUCAGGGCCCGAGCCCGGGGUCCCGGAUGGAGAUGUCCAUCUUCUACGUGGUGUACUUCGUGGUCUUCCCCUUCUUCUUCGUCAACAUCUUUGUGGCCCUCAUCAUCAUCACCUUCCAGGAACAGGGCGACAAAAUGAUGGAGGACUACAGUCUGGAAAAGAAUGAGAGAGCCUGUAUUGACUUCGCCAUCAACGCCAGACCUCUGACGCGCCAUAUGCCUCAGAACAAGCAGAGCUUCCAGUACCGCAUGUGGGAGUUCGUAGUGUCACCGCCAUUUGAGUACACCAUCAUGGCCAUGAUCGCGCUCAACACCAUCGUUCUCAUGAUGAAGUACAACGGAGCCUCGGAGACCUACGAGACUGUGUUGAAGAACUUGAACAUUGUGUUCACCUCUGUCUUCUCCAUGGAGUGUGUGCUGAAGAUCAUUGCGUUCGGAGUCCUGAACUAUUUCAAAGAUGCAUGGAAUAUUUUUGAUUGUGUGACAGUUCUUGGGAGCAUCACGGACAUUUUAGUGACAGAGCUGGGGAACAAUUUCAUAAACCUGAGUUUCCUGCGGCUCUUCAGGGCUGCUCGUCUCAUCAAGCUACUCAGGCAGGGCGAGACCAUCCGCAUCCUGCUCUGGACCUUCGUCCAGUCCUUCAAGGCACUGCCGUAUGUGUGCCUGCUCAUCGCCAUGCUGUUUUUCAUCUACGCCAUCAUCGGGAUGCAGCUCUUUGGGAACAUAGGAAUCGACGAGGAGGGAGAGAGUGCCAUCAACCAGCACAACAACUUCAGGACCUUCUUCCAGGCCCUCAUGCUGCUGUUCAGGAGUGCGACGGGGGAGGCCUGGCAUGACAUCAUGCUGUCGUGUCGGGGAGGGAAGGACUGUGACCCUCGCUCCGGCAACAAGGAGCCAGAGUGCGGCAGCGAGUUUGCCUACCUGUACUUCGUCUCCUUCAUCUUCCUCUGUUCUUUCCUGAUGCUAAACCUGUUCGUGGCUGUCAUCAUGGACAACUUUGAGUACCUUACGCGAGACUCCUCCAUACUUGGACCUCACCACCUAGACGAGUAUGUCCGAAUUUGGGCAGAGUACGAUCCUGCUGCCUGCGGGCGCAUUCAUUAUAAGGAUAUGUACAGUUUAUUGCGAGUAAUCGACCCCCCUCUGGGCUUAGGCAAGAAAUGCCCUCAUAGGGUGGCGUGCAAGAGACUGCUGCGGAUGGACUUGCCGGUCGCCGACGACAACACGGUUCAUUUUAACUCCACCCUCAUGGCCUUAAUCCGCACGGCACUGGACAUCAAGAUCGCCAAGGGGGGUGUGGACAAGCAUCAGAUGGACGCUGAGUUACGGAAGGAGAUGAUGGCGAUUUGGCCCAAUCUCUCUCAGAAGACCCUGGACCUGCUGGUCACUCCACACAAGUCGACAGACCUGACGGUUGGGAAGAUCUACGCCGCCAUGAUGAUCAUGGAAUAUUACCGGCAGAGCAAAGCCAAAAGGACGCAGGCUCUCCGGGAGGAGCAGAAUCGAACGCCAUUAAUGUUUCAGCGCCUGGAGCCCCCUUCCCCAACCCAGGACGGUGGGCAGGGAGUCAACAGCCUCCCGGAACCUCAGCCGGAGCCUGUCAGCACCCUGCCGGUGGAAGGGGGGAUGACAGAGAGCCAGUCGUGGGUGACAGCACGGGCGCAGGAGAUGUCCCAGAAAGCGGGGAGCUGGAGCCCCGAGAGAGCGCAUCCAGACGACCUGCAUGACAACCGGCACAACCCACAGACGGUAGAGAUGAGAGACAUGGGGCGGGACGGUUACUCGGACAGUGAGCACUAUCGCCCAAUGGAAGGGCACGGGAGGGCUGCUUCCAUGCCCCGACUUCCAGCAGACAACCAACGGAGAAAAGGAAGGCCCCGUGGGAAUAACCUCAGUACCAUCACGGACACCAGCCCCAUGAAGCGCUCCGCCUCGUCCCUGGGUCACAGCCGCCCCGGGAAGGGUUCCAGGGUGGACGACUAUGCCCUGGAGAGGGUGAUCCCCGAGGAGGGCCAGCGGCAUGGGCACCGCCGGCGUGAGCGCAGCCACCGCGCCUCCGAGAGGUCGCUGAGCCGCUACACCGACGCUGACACAGGGCUCGGCACAGACCUCAGCACCACCACGCAGUCAGGUGACCUACCGCCCAAGGAGAAGGAGCGAGACAGGGAGAGAGAGAGGGACCGGGAGCGCGGUCGGCCCAAGGACAGGAAGCACCACCACCAUCACCAUCACCACCACGGCUCUGUGGAUAAGGAGCGCUACGGGCCCGACAGGGGAGACUACGGCCACCGGCCCGGCCGCGACAGAGACCGGCGCUGGUCCCGCUCGCCCAGCGAGGGCCGAGAGUGCCUGACACACAGACAGGGCAGUAGUUCGGUGAGUGGGAGCCCCGUCCCCUCGACCUCCGGCACCAGCACACCCCGCCGCGGCCGUCGCCAGCUGCCCCAGACCCCCGCCACUCCCCGACCCCACGUCACCUACUCCCCAGUGGUCCGUAAGGCCAUUAACACCCCUCCCGGCCAGCAGAGCCGGCUGCCCACCCCCACGCCGCGGCGGUUCUCCCCCCCGGGCCCCGAGCCCUACCACCACGGGUCCCCGCGCUCCACCCGGCCCGGCCGCUGGGCCCCCCCGCCGGACAGCGUGGAGGGGGACGGCUGCUUCUACGACCAGGACUACGAGUACGACCAUCACGAACCCCCCGCCUACGAGCCGGGCCCCCCCACGCAGGGCAACCCCCACUCGCACCAACACCCGCACCCCCACCCGCACCCCCACCCCCGCUCGCCCAGGACUUCCCGUCACGCGCCCCCGCCCCAGGCCCAGCCGCCCCCCCGCCGCCUGCCCAACGGCUACCGCUCGUCCUCGCCCUCCCCCCACCACCACGGCCCCCACCCGGGGUCGCACAAGCCCCCCCACCCGAGAGGACCCAGAAAGGGGCUGCAUGAACCGUACAGCGAGACGGACGAGGACGACUGGUGCUAG